AUAUUUACGCUCACGACAGAAGCCGUCAUUUUUUUCCGAUUUAUGUAACACGAUGCACUAAGUUUGUUGUUUAUUGAAAAAGUAUCACCAGUUCGUAAAUUAUUUGUAAAACUAACUGCUAAAACGAUUAUUCAUCGAAAACCAUGUUACGAUCUCUAUCCGGAAGAGUCAGUGGGUUGUCGAUUGAGUCUACUCGUACCCUACUCCGGUGCACUGCCAUUCGAGCUUCAACAAUCUCGGCCGGUAACGACAAUGGAAAACAUAGGCAAUACACGAUGACGACGGCACUGGUUCAACAAAAGGCACUUUACUCCAGCAGUUCGCCGAAUGCAUUUCCUACGCACACCACAAAAACCGACGAGGAAAAGGAUGGCUUCAUUAAACGAUUCAUCAAAAAGAUGGGUUGGAUCGACAACUCGCGCGUCCGUCUGCGGGUAUCCAGUUGUGUCCUCUACGAAUCGGUGGCCGACAGCAUCAACUACAAUGAGUUCUUCACCCACUUUAAAAUGCCGGAUACGUUCAACACCUGGUUCCUAAUCACAGAGCUGCACGUCUGGAUGCUACUGGUACGUGCCAUGGCUGAGGGUGCCGAAAAGGAUGCCGCCGGACGGUUCAUGCGUAACUGUAUUGUUGAAACUAUGUGGAAUGACGUGACAACCCGAGCGAAGCAAUUGUCAGCACAUAAUCCGUCGGUGGUGAGACCCCAAGUACAGCUGCUGUCCGAACAAUUUCAGGCCGCGCUGAUUACCUACGAUGAGGGAAUCAGCUUCGACGAUAGAACUCUAGCUUCGGCACUGUGGAGACGAUUUUUCUCUGGACACUGUAAAGAUUAUGAACAGUUGGAGCUGCUGGUGAAGUACGUGAGGAAACAGGUGGCCAUGCUAGACGAAACAAGUCGCUAUGAUUUUGCUAUAAAGCCCAAGAUAAAAUGGUUACCAUUGUUGGAAAACCAUUAAUUAUUGUAAUGUACCUUCAGAUAUGACAACGGUUUGUAAAUAUAUUCAUGUGCAUACGAAUGCCUACACUGUGCUUGAAAUAA